AAAAAAACUUUAGACCAUACACGAACAAACCAAAAAAACGGCUAGUGUCAAAGGCUUUCCAACACAGCUGGCUAAUUAAGCUGAUUUCUUAAUUAGUGGGCUUUUGAGUUAAGAAAAGCCCAAUAUCUUCUUGUCGGAUGUCUGAAAAUUCCUAGCACGUGAGUUCCACGUGGGGGAAAGGAACUGAGAAAACCCUAAGCGAAUCACUUGUUGGGAGGAGACGCUGCCGGAGUCGCUGAUAGAGAGAGAAACAGGUUCGUUUUCCGAUCUAACGAAAAAUGGCAGAUCAAGAGGCAGACACCAACAUCGAGAUCUGGAAAAUCAAGAAACUGAUCAAAGGCCUCGAGUCCGCAAGAGGCAACGGCACGAGCAUGAUCUCCCUCAUCAUGCCGCCUCGCGACCAAGUCUCCCGCGUCACCAAGAUGCUCGGCGACGAGUACGGAACCGCCUCCAACAUCAAGUCCCGCGUCAACCGCCAGUCCGUCCUCUCCGCCAUCACCUCCGCUCAGCAAAGGCUGAAGCUUUACAACAAAGUCCCCACCAACGGUCUCGUCCUCUACACGGGAACCAUCGUCAACGACGAUGGUAAGGAGAAGAAAGUCACGUUCGACUUCGAGCCUUUCAGGCCCAUUAACGCUUCCUUGUACUUGUGUGACAACAAGUUUCAUACUGGUGCGUUGAAUGAGCUGUUAGAGAGUGAUGAUAAGUUUGGUUUUAUCGUGAUGGAUGGUAACGGGACGUUGUUUGGGACUUUGAGUGGGAACACUAGAGAGGUGCUUCAUAAGUUCACUGUCGAUUUGCCGAAGAAGCACGGGAGAGGAGGGCAGUCUGCUCUUCGAUUCGCGAGGCUAAGGAUGGAGAAGAGGCAUAACUACGUGAGGAAGACUGCAGAGCUCGCGACGCAGUUUUAUAUUAACCCUGCUACUAGUCAGCCGAAUGUCGCGGGUUUGAUCCUUGCUGGUUCGGCGGAUUUCAAGACCGAGCUUAGCCAGUCUGAGCUGUUCGAUCCGCGUCUUCAAGCUAAGAUCUUGAACGUGGUUGACGUCUCCUACGGAGGCGAGAACGGUUUCAACCAAGCGAUUGAGCUCUCUGCUGAGAUUUUGUCUAAUGUGAAGUUCAUUCAGGAGAAGAAGCUGAUAGGGAAGUACUUCGAGGAGAUUAGUCAGGACACGGGGAAGUACGUGUUCGGCGUGGAGGACACUCUCAAGGCGUUGGAGAUGGGUGCUAUCGAGACGUUGAUUGUGUGGGAGAAUCUUGAUAUCAACAGGUACGAGCUGAAGAACAGCACGAGUGGGGAGAUAGUGGUGAAGCACUUUGGGAAAGAUCAGGAGACUGAUCAGAGUAACUUCCACGACGCGGAGACUAACGCUGAGCUUGAAGUCCAGGAGAAGAUGCCUCUGUUGGAAUGGUUUGCGAAUGAGUACAAACGUUUUGGGUGCACGCUUGAGUUUGUGACUAAUAAGUCGCAAGAAGGGUCGCAGUUCUGUAGAGGGUUCGGUGGGAUCGGUGGUAUGCUUCGUUACCAGCUUGACAUGAGGACGUUUGAUGAGUUGUCGGAUGGUGAAGUUUAUGAGGAUUCUGAUUAGAGUGGGAACACUUUUGGUGCUGGUUUUGGAUCGAUACAGUGAUUGGUCUUUUAUCAAAGCUUUUGUCUCUUUCUUAAGCUUUUUUAUUUUCUCGGACAGUUUAAUGUGUUUGCUAGACAGUUUUUUGUUGUAAUUGAUUCUAUUUUGGAGGUUCUGGACAUCUUUUUAGUUUCUA